AUGGUUUGGAGGAAAGGCGAGAAUCACACAGUUCCAGGUCCAAUCGCAUUUAAUCGUACUCGAAUUCUGAACAUCCCUGCGGAGACUGUAACUAAGUCACCUUUGUCACCCUGGCGCGGCAAAACGGAGCCAUCUUCUCUAGCUCGCUGCGCAGCACCAGAUCUGCUCUUUCACGGCCAGUCUCUCGUCUUCAAGAGGUUUACGAUAGAUAUGGACGAAUGCGCUCUGUGUUCGGCGCUCCUCUCCCGGUCCACUAAGAGCUACACCUCACGAGUUCUCAUCGAUCGCUACAGCCUCUUUGUCAACGAUUACAUAGACUCGAAGCAGCUGCACUACUUGCUAGCUGAGAACCAAGCGGAGCUAGAGAACAUGGCUGGUUCCAGAGGCAGCUCGAACAACUUCAUGGCUCGUAUAGUUCCAGUCUACGUCUUUGAUCUCAAGAGCGACAGGAUCGUCAUGCUGGACCGCGACCAUCAGUCGAUGGCUUUCAGGGACAUGAUAAUCGCGAUCCGGAGCAAAGGAUACCAGACAGUGUCCGAGUUCAACCAUCGUCCCAUGAUGGUGGAGACGAGAAGGCUCGAGCGUCCACUGGUCGCGUCGCUGCUUCAAACUCUGUGGGGCGUGACACCAACGUACCUCACCUGGAGCAGCGAGCACAACUCGACGUUUCUAGACUACACUUGGAGCCUGGGGAACACGCCGUUCGGUCCGUUUUCGAAGCUCUCGUCGCUGUCAUUCGCGCAGAGAGACGCUGCUCCUCGCAACGUCCUGCACACGAUGCUCAACACGACGGUGUGGGGAGCCAUUGAGAUGCUGGAAACGUUGAAGGGACUGGGAGGCGAGAAGGCUGUGCUCAAGAGCAGGCAGGGGACGGAGAUGAACCAGAGAUGGAACUUACUACUCUACAAGCUCAACAAGGCAACAUCGGCCAUGUCUCACUUCGAUUUCAACUUGGCUCUCUGA